CACCAAUAUUUAGCCUGUGUUUCCUAUGUUAUUGGUCAAUAGUCAUGACACUAUACUGGAAUGAUCCCUUUAAACACAGAGCUGUGCCUCGCCUUUAAUGCCUCAGACUUGAAAAUUGAAACCAUUUGUUAUGGUUGUUCCCUCCCUGUUUUUUUGUAUCCUAUUUAAUUUUUUUGGCCAGGCUUUCUACCUUAAGUCAAUAAUCUCCCUGUACUGUACUUAUCAUUUACUUUUCAACCAAGACACCCAGGACAACCUGAAAUACAUGUAACCAGUUCAGCAGAGAGAGGAGACAUUCUGUGCCAGGCAGAGUAACAGACUCUCGUGGUGCCAAGUGAAUUGUCAGAAGGUCCUGAGAGCAGCCAUCCAGAGAUGGCAGGGUGCUGUGGGUGCUGGGAGAAGUUCUCGCUGUGGGAACGACUGGUAAAGGCGUAUAAAUAUAUGACUGAGAUAUUAUCUGUGACUCACACUUUCAAGGAGCCAGCUGACGGCACCAGGAAGCCGAGCAAAAUGGAUAUCAGCCGGCUGGAGGAGCAGUAUCACUGCAUUAAGCAGAAGCAGAAGCAGCAGACCCACAUCAUUGUGUUUAAAGCAGGUGAAAGUGAACUCAUUUCGGGGGAACCCAUGUUAAACACAGUUGCGGUCAAUGAAGUGAUCAGAAAACAAAAGUCUUUCGAAGAGCAGAUCCCGGUGAAAGAUGUAAUGCUGGAAGUGCCGGAUAAGAGUUACCUGAAAGAGAGCGACGGCUCGUGGCAUGCACACCUCAACAUUCACCGCAUGGUGCAGCUAGACUGCCAGUUUGGGAUACAAAAUGGCAGUGUGAACAAAGUGAGAGCCAUAAACUUUGAAAAUAAGAGGCCGCCAUUUAAUCGCAUGGUGAGCUGUGACACGGUGUCCAACAAUCAUAAAGAGCGCCGCUCCCUGGAAAGAAAUGGCCGAAGCUCUUCUGUGGACAGCCCGCAUGGCAGCUCCUACAGCAAAUGUUCACUGCAACACACAGUCCCAGCGUCCUGGGCAAGCUUAAAGCUUUCUUCUCCCUCUGAUAAACUCACAUACUAUCCAUUCCCCCAGAAGAAAAACCCCCGGAUAUCAGAAACAGCCAGAAAGCUUGGUUUAUAUGUAACACAUUAAAGCAAAUAUUUGCACUGGCAGCCAGAAGGUUAAUGUGACCCAUGUGCCUGCCCCACCUCUUCAUUGGGCAGAAGGAAACAAUGACUUUGGUUUAAGAAGAAGAAACACGAUAAAAAAAUAAAUAAAAAAAACACAGUCCACGUGGCAAUUGCUGGGUUGUUUUAUAAGGCUAUUUACUGUAGUCUUAAUGAAUGGGGAACUUUAUCUGCCGGAUGUGCCACGGGGAAAAAUAAAUAUAAGGGGAUUAUUAUCAUUAUGGUGUUAUAACUUACAAUAUUAAAAGGCUCAUUAACCAAAGCAGUGCAGAUAGAAUAGUGCCAAAAAUUGUGUCAUUUGCUCAGCUGCCAAUUUUUUGGGGCGUUGGUGGAUCAUGAACAGGGUUAUGUGCAAGGCCAGGGUGGAUUAGGAGUGUGACAUAUAUGCAUAGGGCAUUUUUUUUUUUUUCAAUCUACAGGUAUGGUAUCCGUUAUCCAGAAACCCGUUAUCCAGAAAGCU